UCCACAAUUUAUGUCAGGGAAAAGGGCAGAGUCCGAUACACGGACGCAGCAAUCCAUCCUAUUGGCAGUCAGAACAUAAUACGAUUUGCAGGCAUCUCAUAACGGUAAACGCUAACAACUUCUGCGUCUCUGGGAUUUUACACCGUGACCCUUCCCACCAACAAUUUGAAAGACGUGAAAUGGCAUUCGAUCUGCCACCCACUUUUCCAGCCAGUGGUAUCGCAUGGGAGGGUCCUGCCGCCUCUUCUUCCCGGGCUGAACAGGACAUUCGGGCUGUACUCAUUCACACGGUCGGAGCUGCUCACCCCAGUGACGGAACACACUGGCCCUGCACAGAUAGGUGUUGUGACCACGGUCGAUUCAGAGUUCAGGUUGAUGUGAAACACUUCAACCCAGAGGAGCUGAUGGUCAAGGUGACAGGAGACUUUGUGGAGGUCCAAGGGAAACACAAAGAGAAAAAAGAUGGGUCGGGGGUGGUGACGCGAUAGUUCAACCGGCGCUACAGGAUUCCAGAGGGAGUGGACUUCAUGGCUCUGUCGUCGGCUGUGUCGCCUGAAGGCAUCCUCAUCAUAUCUGCACCUAUGCUGCAGGGGGAGAACUCCAGACACCUGUCCCACUCAGAAUCAUGAGCAUACACACCCUAGGAACAAACACACAAUCCAUAGGAACCAGUGUUGGCGAGUAGUAAACUACAUGUAGUUCAACUACUAAUUUAACUACAUUUUGCAGUAGAUGGUGGCAGUUCAAAUCUUGGUAGUAUUUAGUAG